AUGUAUAACUGUCCGCUAUUUGAACGUAAGAACGCAUUCCAUUUACUUAUUCUUUUGUUAAACCAGUUUUGCAUUUGGCGCUGCUGCUCUUUUUGUCCGGCUACACGAUUGUCGCGUGCUCGUGCAACGACCGGGACCGCGAGCAACUGCAUCUUCAGAGAAGACAGGCUUUGCGGGACCGGCAGCGAGAGGCGGUCGUGUCCGGCAGAAGCGUCCGAAGUGUGAUCGAGACGGAAGUGGAACCGGAGACGACGCAGUGUCCGCGGAUGACGUGCGUGCGGAUGGCGCCGCGACUCAAGACUCACAACGGAGUGAACACGGCGGACGUGUACGAGAGACUCAACCAGGGCGACAACGCCAUUCAGAAGAUCGAGAAAGAGAAGCCGCCGCCGGUCGAGAUUCCCGUGCAGAAGCUCGUGGAGAAGCCGCCCUCUCAGAUGACGUCGACGGUGACCGAGAAGGCAAAGUCGUCGAAGGAUUCGAGCGAGGAAUGGCCGGAUGAGAGGGACAAUGGUAAGGGAACGUGGUAGAGUUCCAUAGAUCCGUGAGAUUUCAGGGGACUCGAAGAGCAAUGUGUUACCGUUCCCUUGA